AUGAAAGUGCAUGAGGCAGAUGUGGAGAGUCAGGAGCUAAGGACCAUCACUCGGCUCCAAGAGCAAUGUCGGGCGCUCCAGAUCCAGGGGGUGAAGGACAAGAUCGCACAGAACAAAGCAACCCAGGCCCUUCUGCGCAGCAACAUCCGCCGUGGGGCCCAGGACUGGGCUUUGGCCAAGAAGAACGACCAGUGGACCAUCUCCAAAGCUUGCGGGAAGGACGUGCACACGAGGAUGGCGCAAGGCCGCAGCGCCGUGGAGGUGGCGCGGGCGAAUCUGCGCAAGUACGUCUUCGAUCGUGUGAACGCGCACAACGUGCUGAUCCAUCUGGUGCGGCUGCGCGGGGAGAGGCUGGAAAGCAUGCAACUGGAGCUGGCCAGCCUGCGGAACAAGUCAGAAGCCUCCAAGGAGGAGAAGUGGAUGCUGCAGGUCAUCCGCCAGCUGGAGAACAACAUCGAAAAGACGACGAUCAAGAUCACCACUUGCCAGAACAUCCACCUGCUGUACCUGGGCCUGCUGGACUACCUGAAGAAAGUGCUUAUAGGAUACCCCACGGAGCUGGACAAGCUGCAGAACAUGGUGGCCAGCUACUAUUCAGAACUGUCGGACAUGUCAGUCAUGUCCCAAGAAGCCAUGAUGGUUACUGAUGAGGUCAAGAGGAACAUGAGGAAAAAGGAGGCGUCCUUCAUUGAGGAGCGCAGGGCACGGGAGAACCGGCUCAACCAGCAGAAGAAGCUCAUUGACAAGAUCCACACCAAGGAGACCAGCGAGAAGUACCGCCGGGGCCAGACAGACCUGGACUUCCCCUCCAAUGUGAUGAUUUCGGAUACUCUGAAGGUGAAGAAGAAAGAAACUUCCACAGCAGAACUUGAAUACCAGACGGAGGUGACUGCUUGGGUGGAGAAGGUCAAGUCUGCAGUGCGAUGCUCUCACCUCUGGGACAUCGCUGGCCGCUUCCUGGCUCAAAAAAACACAGAGGAGAACUUGAAGCUGCAGAUGGAGGACUGUGAGCAGCGGCGGGUACAGCUAGAGGCCCUGAUGAAGAAGCUGGAGCUGGAGGAGGCACUACUCAAGUUCCGCCAGAUGCCCAGCUCUGUCAGCUUUAAGUCCAUUGAGUCCAAGAUAAAGAACAUGCUGCAGGAGGAAGAAGCCAGGCUCCAGGAGGCCUACAACCACAUGACCAGGAGCCAGCAGCUACUGCUGGUCCUCCAGACAGGCAUUGACAACCUGUACAUCCGGCUCAUCGGCAUCGCCUUGCCUGCUGCCCAGAAAGAAGUGGCACCCUCCGAUACCCUUGAUUUGUUUAGUAAGCUGACAUACUGCCAGGGGAAGCUCAUGUACCUGAUUGACCGCCUGCAAAUGCUGCCCAGGACUGAGGAGGUCAGCACAAAGGUGAGGGACACCCUGGAGUCCUCAACUCUGAAGGAGAAGCACAACACUAGGAUCACCUUUGAAGAUGCAGAGGAAGACAUGAUAGAAAGCUUCCAGUUUGGCGACGUGGACCACAGCUACGUCCCGUCGCGGGCCGAGAUCAAGAAGCAGGCCCAGGGACUGAUCGAGGAAAGGCUCAAGGCGGCCAAGAAGAGGAGGAAGUAGUACCGCCCGGGAUUGUUGCACGAAUAAACAUUUUUCCAGGAGUGCCCCAGCACCCCCA